GAUAGAGGGGAUCAUCACCGAUAUGACCGCGCUCGCGACCACAGAAUUCCUCAACCGCCUGAAGACCAUAUAUCCGUUGCGUAGUCUCAGCGGAACGGAGGCUGUCAUCCGCAACCCAUGGUACAUCGCCGCUGCCGUCGCGUUCGGCUCCAGUAACCGCCCUGAGGCUGUCCCCGUUGUCUUCCAGACUGUCCUGGCAGAACUGAAGUCAGCACAGGCUGCGCAAAACGUGAGCACAGAAGCGGCGCAUGCCCAGCAACUCUACCUCGCGCGCAGGGUGAGGGAGGCUGUAUUCAAGGGUGGUCUGCUCUGCGGGUACUCUCGGGCCAUCAACAGCUUAGUUGCCCUCCAUGAGGUCAUGCCCGAAGAGCUGCGAGACAAACAGACUUUGAGAGAUCAGUCGACCACGAUGGAGGAAUACGUACGAAAUGGAGAGAAAUUCUUCCGUGCGAUGUAUCGGGAUACGGCCGACAACGUGCAGGGCCUGCUAGACGAGAUCUACCCCGACAUGGGCUGGUUUUCGAACACAGUCGGCUACGGCAUUACUUAUGGUGCUACCGAUGUCUUGACCCAGGUCGAGGUGUCAUAUGUCUUGGUCGCCGCACUCAUCUCGAUGGACACACCUCGCCAGAUCGUUUGGCAUCUGGCUAACGCACAGCACGGCGGUGCUACUCGCGAGGAGGCCGCAGCUAUCAGGCAAAUUGCUAUCGAGACAGCAGAGAAGUCAGGAAUCCGAUGGAGGGACAGCGUUCCCGAACUUAGCUGAAGAGCGCGCACCAAUGAUCUGAUCUGCCUCCUUGUACCACUUCCCAAAGUCAUUGCAUAGCACUAGUGAAGAAUAC